UGGUCCUCAACUGCGUUCACCAUCCAUUGCAUGAACGUCGAGGCUCUGAGUUUACUUCACUCUAACGUCAACACACCCGUAAACCUGCCCAGAGGAGGUUGAAUACCUAACUGCGUGUGAGCCGAGGUCCGAACCGAGGUUUAAGAUGGGUUUGUUGACCAUUCUGAAGAAAAUGAAGCACAAGGAACGCGAAAUGAGACUGCUGAUGCUAGGUCUGGACAAUGCAGGAAAGACGACUAUUCUGAAGAAGUUCAACGGCGAAGACAUCAGCACUAUUUCUCCAACCCUGGGCUUCAACAUCAAAACACUAGAACACAGAGGGUUCAAAUUGAACAUCUGGGACGUGGGCGGUCAGAAGUCGCUGCGCUCCUAUUGGAGGAACUACUUUGAGAGCACGGACGGCCUGGUGUGGGUGGUGGACAGCGCGGACAGACUCCGACUGGACGACUGCAAACGGGAGUUGAGCUCUCUGCUGCAGGAAGAGAGGUUAGCCGGAGCCACUCUGCUGGUGUUUGCCAACAAACAGGACCUGCCGGGCGCUCUGUCUAAAGAGGCGAUCGGAGAGGCGAUGGGACUGGACGACAUCAAGACUCACCACUGGUGCAUCAUGGGCUGCAGCGCCGUCACCGGGGAAAACCUGCUGUCCGGCGUGGACUGGCUCCUGGACGACAUCGCCGCCCGGGUCUUCACGGCCGACUGAGGUGGAGGCGAACUCCGUCUGCGUGAUUGGUCCCGGUCGGGUUUGAUGGCCGCGUUUAAGUUGCCAUGUCUUGUUGGGAUAACUGGUGAUGUCUUUGUUUAAGUGGCCUUUGCUGCCUCCAACUGUUUACCCAGAGUGGGGACUUGUUUAGACCAGAAAUGGUUGCUUUUAAUAAAUGUAUGCUAAAAUUGG